AUGGCAGAGAUCCAGACAGUUAAACGAGGUAAGGCUGGUAAUAAGGUGAUUGACGUAAACAGCGUAUACUGCGUAAUAGCUUAAUAAGCGACCCACAUAUGUACUAUUUAAAGCACGCGUAGGAGUGUUUUAUCAUAAAACACGACGCAUAGCGGAGUGUUUUAUAUGUGAUAAAACUUUUAUAUGUAAUAAAACAUGACUACAAGUGCUUUAAAUGGCUUAAACUACUCAUCUUAUUAUCUUAUACGAGUUCAUUGGCGAUUUGGCCAAGUAAUUUUUAAAAUAAACGUUGUCUAAAUCGAGAAAAUCAAAGCUAAAGUCUAUGUAAAUUAACAUGAUUUUUUAUCACAUAAAAAACCACGACACGCUUAUGAUUUUUUAUUGUGUAUUGCUCCUGAAUUAUUAAUGACUUUUUAUUUAUAAAUAUAUUUAUAAUUUAUUUUUGUUAUAAUAUUAGUUUGUGCUUCAUGUGAGAAGGAAUGUGGAAGUCAUUUUUGCAAAGUAUGCAAAAAGGCCUGUCAUGCCAUUCCACCUUGCUCAACAUCUACUGCUGAGGAUGAAGAAGGGUUUGGUGCACAGGUGCUAUGUAGUGGUUGUGCAAAGACUAAGGCGGUGGCUCAACCAAAGCAGAUGACGAUUUCUAAAGAAGGUGAAGUAAAGCGAUAAUAUUAGGAUAGAAACGUUUUAUGCCACAGUUUUCUUUACACAAAUUACAUCCUGGCCCUGGUGGUCUGGUAAUUAUAGGAGUAUUGCCACUGUUGUAUAAGAUAAUAUACCUGUCGACUAUUUUUACCUAUACAAAUUUUUACUAUUAAUUAUAGAGUCUCAGUUUGUCAACAUGUUUAAGAGAGUUGGCACGUCGAAAACAGCAGGACCGCAGGCAAAGCGAACAAAGAGUGGGCAUGAACACACACCCAUGGGCUUUUGUUUGCUUUGCUUCAAGGAAGGGAAAUCGAAAUUUUGGCUUCAAAGGGGGAACAAAUCCUCCCUGGCCACCCACCUUAAAACCCACAGCGAUAAGGGUCAAAAAACAUCGCCAAAUGAUGCUGUUCCAGAAAAUUCACCUCUUGCUGCAAAGGCAUUAAAGGCAUACAAGCAAAUUUGUCCAGCAAGCACUGCAAGUUCAACUAGGUAAAUAACAACCAGUUAAUAUAUUUGGACUCAAUACAAUUAUACAACCAUUGUAGCUAAAGCAGGUUUCAUAAGUAUAUGUGAUAUCUACACAUUGUAAAUUAAGCUACUUUUUGUAUUUGAAAUUAUAUAAUAAAAUAAUAAUUUAAUUUUUAUAUAGUACAAGCCAGAUGCAUGCUCAGGUGGAUGAUAUAGCAGACCCAAAAGAGACCACUGCAAUGGACGUGGAGAGUGGCUUAGCUUCAAUGUAUGUACAGCAUAAUACACAACACUACAUUGAAUCAAUACCCACAUAUUAAAAUUAUAACGUUCAUAUUGUUUAGAGAAGAGCAUAAAGCUGAUAAGGGUAGUGGAAGGAAGGAUUAUAUGACCAGUGUACCAUCGACUGGUGUCACUCCUGAUUGUGAAUCAGUUAAAUUAACUGGUUUAACAAAGGAAAAGGAAGAAAGAUUUGUCUACAUGUAUUCUCACACAUGAAUAUAAGUCAGGCUAAUGCCCAUCCUACAGGCUACAACUGUUUUAAGACAACCUUAUUUGGAAUGGGAAAAUAAAUGUAUUGUACUUGUAGCAGCAUGAAAACUCAAUUAAUGAUAGAUAUGAAAAUGUGUACUAUCCAUAGUCCAUUCGGUCUUUCAGUGCAUUCACUGUAUAAUUUCGUAAAUAUUGUUUAAUGUCAACUUUGUAUUGAUGGCAGUGUUUCUCCUUUUAGUUCUGGCCCAGGAAGUUCUGCUACUUUCAAGCCAGCUCCUAUUAUGUAAGUUUGGUUUAAUUUGUACUUGUAUUUAAAAAUAGGUCCCCAGUUAGCUAUAAUGCUAGUUUACACGAGGUCUACGCUAUGGUAUAUCAGUUAUGCACUCACCCAUGUAGCCAAUAAUAAUUUUCUGCUAGAAAGAACGUAGUUUAAAAGGUAUAAUAAACGUAUAAUUAUUUAAUUGAGUUUCCCCCAAAAUUAUAUGGCAAAAUGUCCGCCAUAAGCGGAUGAGCCAUGUUUGUUUUGCCUGACUCGUUUCCAGUCUCUACUCUUUUUUGUGAUUUGACUUCAUAACGCACUACAAACGUUAUUACGUUUAAGGUAAUUCCGCAGUUUUGCAUUGCGCACUUUUACUAUGCACACAUCGUAUAACUUAAAAUUUCAUCCAUUAUACGUACCGUUUACCGUGAAAAAAUCAUAAUUUUAUGACAAUUUUAUGCUAUCGAUUUUAUACUAUCCGAUUCACGUUAAUUUAAUUCAUUUGACAAUCAUGGAGAUCAGAUUCGCGUUAAUAUAACCAUGUUUUAAAAGACCUAGAAGCAAUUCGUGUUAAUUUAAUGUCGCGUUAAUAAAGUGCGCCGUUGAUUUCCUAUAAUAAGGUAUAUGCAGCUAAAUAAAGCUUGUCUCUCAAGAGUCAAAACAAGGGGUAUGAUCCGUAUGAACAGUUAAAUUAGGCCUAAAAAGCUAAAUCGUACUUUUAAAUGUUUCAGUCGAAUUUAGGAAUUUUGUUUCAUGCAACUCAAAUUCUCAACCUAAAUUGUAUUUUCAUGGCCCCAACAUGCUCAUACACUCAUAAUCUAUAGUUUAAGGAGAGAAGACAACAUUUUUUGAAAUAGAAAUAUUGAAUUAAAAAUAAACUUUCUUAUUGAAUAGCAUUAACAUUUCUAUUACUACAGUGAACGGAUUGUACGACGACAGCCUGUUGAUCUCACAUCAUCUGAGACUGAGAUUACUCCAACCCCAAGCCAAUCAAGCCAUCACAGCUUUCAAAGCUCACUGGAAAGUUUCCUCCCCUCCCUUUCAAAAAACGAGCAAGGCGACCUCCCUUUUAACAUUGAAGAGUUAGCUGAAAAAAUUGCAACAAAGGUGGCAAAAAAAUUAAGUCCUCCGCCAAGUUCAAGUCAUUCUAAGAGUUCAGCAACCUCGUUAAACCCCUCAUCGAGUCCGCCUCUUAAAGCCGGUAAUUUAGUUGAACUUCUUGAAGAAGUUGCAGAUUUUAGGUUAGUUAAGGAGGAGAACGGCUGGGUAAUAAAGUGUUGUAGUUGUGAGGAGUUUCUGUCCUCUACCCGCGUUUCAUUUUCGUCUUCGUUUCGUCGACCAUCUGGUAAAGCAGAUGGAAGCUUGGCAACAGGUUUAUUAUUGUCAAACGAAGCGUAUCAACAACUCAUUGCUGGCAAGUGUGAGAAAUGGUAUAGCCAGAAACAAGCAUUCCAUCGACAUCUUUCUUCCAACACCCACAACAACGCUGUAGAUCAUAUGAAGUUGGUAAGGCAAGGACGAUCCAGGGAAGUUACCGUUGUAAAGAAUCAACUCCGUACAGCCAUUGGAGUUGUGAAAACGAAGUCGGCCGCAAUCCAGUACGAGGCACGAAUUGCGGAGCUGCAGGUGCAGACGUUGGUGAUUUCGGUCAUUCGCGAAAGAUGUUCCCUGCCAUGA